AGAAUGCAGACAAAGUUUAUUCCGAGCACAAAAUAAGGAAACAAAAGAAAUCUGGUCAAAGUUGGUUGCGCAAUUUCUCGGGUGUUUGCCACGUUCCACUGCUAUCGUUGCCGGGUUAGGUUUUCGUCAGUGUUCCGGGUCACUUUCUUUGGAGAAGUUGUACUUGCUUCCCUUCAAGGUGGUGUUUUCUCAAGCAGCCUUGUUCUGAUUUGACCUUUUGCCAAAUUUGUUAAUCUUUUCCAAUUCGAAGACUGGGAAUUCUGGUGGAUGGCUUCCAGGCGGAAUAUUCCUUACAGUCGUCUCGCUGUGGAUGAAGAUGAGGACUAUUAUGGUAGUGCUGGCAGCCGACCUGACCCUAGAUUUGAUUAUUCACCAAAAUCGUUAGAUAGAAUCCCCUGGAAGUCCAUUGCCCUUGCUCUUUUUCUGCUCUUUCUGGGAUGUCUGCUUCUCUUGCUAUCAUACUUCAUCUUAUCUGGUCAUAUGGGAGGAGAGCGCUCACAGGCAUAUGGUCUUCUUGGACUUGGAAUUCUCACUUUUCUCCCAGGUUUUUAUGAGACACGGAUUGCAUAUUAUUCUUGGAGAGGUGCUCAAGGUUAUCGAUUUACUUCAAUCCCUGACUAUUGAGGUCUUCGCAUUUCAUGUAAACUUUGAGUUUAGUUACUAGUUUCUGUAAUGAGUUUUCUGAUAGUUUCUAUAGCAGUCACGUUGUCCUUUACAUUUCAAAUAACUUCUGAAUGUAGUUACUGGUUUUUGUAACGAGUUUGAUGAGUUUGCAGCAUUUAUGUUGUCCUAGUCUUUUGCGGAAAAUUUAGUAUCGA